AUGUUACAAAGUAGGCCUCAAGGAAAUUUUCCAAGUAAUAUAGAGGUGAAUCCUAAAGAGCAAUUCAAUGCGAUCUCUUUGAGGAGUGGGAAGAAGUUGGAAGAGUCAGUCAAGAAGUCUGUACCUACACCAAAAUUUGAUGUUGAGAAUGAGGGUAAGGUAGAAGAAGAGGUUAUUGAAAACCUUGAGAAGAAGCAGUCACCAGUAAUCUUGUCAAAGAAAAAGAAGUGGGAGGAUUAUGAGAUAGUGACGCUUACUGAGGAGUGCAGUGCUAUUUUGCAGAAGAAACUACCUCCCAAGCUUAAAUAUCCGGGUAGUUUCGCGAUUCCUUGCUCAAUAGGAGAUUCUGUUAUGACCAAGGCCUUAUGUGAUUUAGGGGCUUGUGUAAAUUUAAUGCCCUUAUCUAUUUUUCGGAAGCUAAAAUUGGGAGAAGCUCGACCCACUACUGUGUCCUUACAAAUGGCAGACCGCUCUGUUAAGCAACCUUGUGGAGUAAUUGAGGAUGUCUUAGUUAAGGUUGGUAAAUUUAUCUUCCCUGCUGAUUUUAUUAUUCUAGAUAUGGAGGAAGAUGCAAACAUUCCCAUUAUUUUGGGAAGACCAUUCUUAGCCACAAGGAAAGCACUAGUUGAUGUACAAAAGGGGGAAUUGAAGCUGCGAGUGCAAAACGAAGAUGUAACAUUUAAUGUUUUUGUAGCAACUAAUAUUCCAACUUGUUGUAGAGUGGAUGUGGUUUGUAGUGGUGGUAGUAAUUUGGAAACCACCAAGCGAAAAACCAAUGCUGAAAUUGGUAGUUGA